AUGUUUAUGAAGGUGGGGAGCAUUAUUACUCAUUCUCAGGUAUGUCAGACGUUACUUUUUUUUCUCUUGACUUUAUAUUUUAUCUUUGGAUGUAAUCCGCUAUCCACAUGUAGACGAAUAUGUGCUCUGUUUCAUUACUUUCUUUGCUCUUCAAAUUAUGAUGCCGUGGACUGAGAGAAAAUGAGUAGUUACUUUUUGGGUGGUCUCUUUUUCUCUCCUCAGAAACUUCAAAGAUUCAAUGCCUUUUUGUCUUCUCUUUGGCAGAAACUACAGGAUGAUGUCCAAAAGUUGGCAUUGAAAGUUAAGCAUCAUGAGGACAAUAUGAAGGUUUUGAAGAAUCAAAGCAAUAAGUUAGAUGAAUCAAUUCUUGAUAUGCAAGGUUAAUUCGAUAAACUUCUUGAUAGAAAAUUUUCCUUCUUCACUAGUUGAAGGUACCAGUAUUUUCUUUAAUUGAAGUGUGAAGAAGAUACCAGGAGCAAAGGCUCCCUAUUUUCUAAUGCAAUACAGACGUAAAGUAUUUGUAAAUUUACUUAUGUUACUUCCCACUAUCCGGUUGGUUAAAAAAAUUACACAUGAUUUUUUUUUUUGGUUUUGCGAAUCUUCAUCAUCUUCACGUCCUUGGGUUAUGUUGAAAGAUGGAUGAAGAACCUUCGGAUUCCAUUGUGCGACUGGUGGAGUCUUUUAAAUCUUUAUCAGGCAUUGCAGUUGUUCAACAUGAUGUUCCCUUGUUUGCUAUUGUUUUGUGGUCUUCCCUUGUUUUCAAAAGGGCCUAUAUUGCGUGCAUACCCAGUAAAUGAGUACAAUAUUUGAUAAGUUUAAAAAGAUGCAGACUAUGAUGUCCUAUCUGAACCACAUAUCCAAAGAGGAAAUAAAAUAAACUGAACUAUCCCUGAGUGGUAAAUCGCAAAGCAAAAAUCAUAAUAACGUCAUAAGUGAGGCGCAAGAUCUGAAUGCUUAAGAGCUCACGUACCUCAUGGUCUAAGUAUUCCAUUUAAAGAAAGCUCAUGCCAAUAGUAUUCUCUUUUGAGGGUUAUAGUAGAAAUUUCCUAUCAUAAAUAACUAUGAAAGUUUGAAAUGACCCAGAAAAAUUUACCAUAAACAUCUUGGCAGCAGAAGAAUUUGAUCUUCCUGGUGAGCCUUGUUCUUGCUAUGCCAACAUAUAAUGCCACUAAUCUACUCAAGUAAUAAGUGACAUUAGUAUAACACAAACAAAUAAAUCCUGAUAAGCAUAUGCAUCAGAGUGUGCACUUGUUUUCAGCCACAUGGCAGGAGUUUCCCACCGAAGUUUCUCUGUGGAACAGUCCCUUGGUCCUCAAUUUCGUACUUCAUUAAGAUCGCCCUAUUUGUUUUUUCCUUUUAUCUGCUUUUUAAUCAAAAAACAUUCCUAAUUUUGAAACCCAGAUUCCAUAUAUAAUGUUACUGGUGUUUUCUCAGUUACUCUCGGAAAAUAUCAUUAUUCCAUGACAGAAGAGGAAGAAGCACAGUAUGCCAAUCGUCAACAGUCUGAGCAGCAAACCAUCAAAUGCAUAUUAAAGCAGGAGAAGACAGCAGCAGCGAUUGUAUGCAGUAUCAAAAUUCAUCAACUGUCACAAUCGUUAAAAUUGCCAUUUACCAAGGACGUGCUUGGUGUAGUGGCAACACUUGGAAAAGUAAAUGAUGAUAAUUUUAGCAGGUUGCUCUUUUCCAGUUUCCAUGCUUACUUACUGACUGUGCGGCAUCACAAGUUAAUUGUAUGAAUUUAAUAUAUUUUUCUCUGCUCUGACACUGUCUUAAUGGACAGACUCCUUGCAGAAUACUUGGGUUUGGAAACAAUGCUUGCAAUUGUUUGCAGAAGUUGUGAAAGUGUGAAAGAUCUUGAGGAGUAUGACAGAAAUGAUAUUAUAGAUCAAAAUGCUGGUCUUCAUGGACUUGGACCUUCUAUUGGAAGAAUCAUCGAUGGGAGAUUUCUCGUCAUUUGUCUUGAAAAUCUAAGGCAAGAAUAUUUAUAGUAUUUCAAGAUUGAUCUUUUAAACUUGUAUAUGAAAUAUAAAAUAUAUUUUCAAUUGCAUUGGUUGAUUCUGUUGAAGGCAUCUGGUUGUUAAUAGUCGUUAUUGCAGGAUGUACUCUGGUGAACUUGUAUCUAAUGAUCCACAAAGGAGGCUUGCUCUAUUGAAGCCUAAAUUACAUAGCGGGGAAUCUCCUUCUGGCUUUCUUGGCUUUGCUGUAAACAUGAUACACGUGGACCCAAUGCACUUGUCUUGCAUCACUUCCGAUGGAAAGGGUCUCAGGGAAACUUUAUUUUAUAGCCUAUUUUCCCACCUUCAGGUAUAUAGAACGAGAUCUGAGAUGCAGCGUGCUAUUCCUUGCAUUAGUGAUGGUGGGAUCUCUUUAGAUGGGGGAAUAAUAAAGAGAACCGGUUUUUUUUCCCUCGGUGUCAGGUAUACUAAAAAUUGGUUUAUCUCUGCUAUGUUUUUUGCCUUCCCUUUAUUUUGUUAUUUGAUUGUCGAUUCAUAUAAUUUGUGUCCUACAUUUCGAUUUUGAUGUUCUCGCAAAUCCGCUUGCUCUGAGAAAGUGUGUGAUUGGGGAGGUUUAGAAGAGAGCAGAGAUGGUCUUUGCAUUUUUCGAGUGGUUCAGCUGCCACAAACGAGUAUUAUGCCCUUAUAUCUGCUGGUAUUCCGAUUUUUCGUGGAUGGGGUAGGAGCGAGGUUUGCGCUCGACAUCUUGUGUACAAACUAAAACCACGAACAUAAAUAUUUUUAAAAGAAGUGGGCUGGCUGCGGGGAAAUUUCUUCAGGACAUUUGCCUGGAAAAUUAAGGCGUAGGCUGAGCAAUGGUUUAUUGAAACAGUCCGGUUUCUUGCCAUAAGCACUUUCUUUUUCAUUAGAUGUUGAAUGCCUUUUCUAUCUCUCAUCAAACCUAGUAUUUUUUUUUAUUCCUGAUGAUCUGGUGGGAUUUUCGAGGAAAGUAACUUUCUUCAAUAUUUUAUCGAAUUCCUGGGCUGGUUGCUUAUUUACAGAUGGUCACCAUCAUCAUCAAGCCUUAACGCUUCAAACUGGGAUACCAUUUUUCACGUGGCAGUUCAAUGUAAUGAUUUUUAAAUUUUGUUUUAGUCACUGAGUAGUGAACAGAAGGGGCCUCUAUUUUGGUAAAAUAAUCCAUUUGACAUUAAGGUAGAUUCCUGGACCUAAAUCAACCCAAAACUUGAAAUAGUUGAUGUUUCUGAGAUAAGUUCAUUUACUUAUAAUCAAUGACAGUUUAAAUGGUUCCUGGAGGUCUGAUGUUGUUUGGGGGAUGGAGGUAGACAUUAACUGCUCCCUUUCUCCGAGGACACAGCAGCAUUGCUGUACGUUGAAGGAAAUCCACCCAAAAAAAAAAAAAAACGGAGGCAUGGUGCCAUGUCAGAAAAGGGUUAGCUGACUGAAAUGGAAAACUCAUAAGAUUUCUUCUACGUGUAUAAUCAUAACGUGUCACUUGUUUGCAGUCUCAGAAAAGUUCAUGUUUUAUUCUCAUCUACAUCUGUUAGAACUCAAAACCAAUGGGCAAGGAAUGGGGUAGGUAUUAUUUCUACAAUUUUCAAUACAAGAUUAUUCUUUGCAGCUUCCAUCGUGGGUCUUCUUAUAUUUGGUUUCGAUUUUAGAGAUCAUUCGGGUAUAUAUCAUCUAUUCAUCUUACCGUGGACAUUGUAAAACGGGGAACAAGUCAAGAAAUAGUCACAAUUUAGUGGGAUGCUUGAAUUUUUUCGUAUUCAAGAGUUGCAUAUUAUUUGAUGCUUUUGAGGAUUUUUCCCUUUGACUAACCUCAGGUUGUGUUGCAGAGAAGAGGUUGCGGUGAGAUUCCCAUUAAGUUCUGGUUUACGAAAACUACCCCUCAAUAUCAUUGAAACAGAAGAAGAACUUAAGCUUAUGCAUUGGAAGAGGGAAAGAUGUGCUGAAGAUAUGCAAAGAGAAGAAUCGCUAUUGAAGAAUGCAAAAUCUUUUUUCGACAGAAAAAGACAAGAGCUAAUGGAACACCUCAGAGAGAGUUCACAAUAUGUGGCCCAGGUACGGACCCAGAUGACUCUUCAAAAAAAUAUCCACUAUUUGCUUCCUCAUUACUCUGCUAUGGAGGGUAGUAAAUAACAAAAAAGUUCAUCAAUCUGUAUUUUAGCCUAUAUAAUCUAGUGGAGAAACCAAAAGAUAUGGCAGAUGAAGGUCAGACGGAUUCACUUCACCUCUGCAUACACCAAUUUGAAAGAAAAGGUGAACGUAAAGGUAUUAGAUAAAACAAAAAUUGAGAAAAUAGCUUUUCUCCUCAAGCAUUCUAAAUAAAAACUCAAAGUGCAUGAAAAGGGAAAUAUACUCAAUUGCCCCUGAGAAUUUUAAUGAGAAGUCUACCAGGUUUUGCCUUUAAAUAGCAGGAAAUCAGAGCCUUCUUUCCUGCUUCUGGAGAGCAACUAACGAAAGGUGACAAAAAUUUAUGCAGUACCUGUUCCUUAGAUAAAACCAAAAUACAUGGGAAAAACUACAGAUCUGAGGUGGAGUUCUAACCCGGUAAGUAACCCAGGUUAGGUAGACCACAUUCCCUGCAAACUCGGAACUAAAAUUCACAAAAAAAUAAUUAGACAAAAAAGAGGAGGCCAGGAAAGCUUCUUAGAGAGGGUGACCCCAGGACGGCAGCAGGAUGGAGUAAAGAGCUUCUAGUUGUUAUUCGGUCUGACCCUUUAGGGUUCUACUUUCAGAUCUCGUCGGUAGAGCCUUCAAUCCAUAUCCCAGAGAUUCAAGAUUAUCUGAUAUUUCAGAGCCGUUCAAUAUGCAGAAGAAAUUUCUGGACAAAGAUACGUUGGAGAGUCUUUACAGCUUGAAUGAGAUUCGCUGCAGACUACAAUGAUUGUUGUGAUGGUGAUUCAUUGCGGCUGUUUUCUUACCCUUCAGUGUAUUAAAAUCUGA